AGACCUCUAGAUUCUAGAAUAAAGUGAAAUUUAAAAAGUUUAAUGGGAACUUAGGUUUAUGUUUAGAGUAGAGCAAUAAACGCAAGACCUACAACUAGGCCUACACAUUCAUUUACACAAGUUCUAGAUCUAGAUCUAGAUCUAGUAAUCAUUAGAUCAAGAUCUAGAUUAGACUAGAUCUAGAUUCUAGACUUAUAUAAAAAGCGGCCAUCUAAUAAAAUGCAAGAAAAUCUAGCAAAUGAGUGCUCUAGCAAAGAGUUGAAACUGUCUAGGCGCAUAGACCAAAACAACAUUCUCUGGAUACCCAUUCAGUCUGUAAACCCACAUCUGAUUUGUGGCUUGUGUCAAGGCUACUUGUAUGAAGCAUGUACUAUCACAGAAUGCAUGCACUCAUUUUGCAAGAAUUGUAUUGUUAAACAUCUGGAAAGAAGCCUAAAUUGUCCAAUGUGUGCUAUUCUCAUUCACCCCACUGAUCCAUUUGUUCACAUCAGACUGGAUGGUUUGUUACAAGAUAUUGUAUAUGCUCUUUUGCCACACUUAGAAAAAGAGGAGCUUAAACGAGAAAAAGCUUUCUUUGAAAAACACAAGAAAGAGGUUACUCAUGUUAAUAAUAAUCAAGCCAAGGUACAGCCCAAAACAUCCAGUGCUAUUACUUCAACACCUAUCCAAAAACGUUCUUGUACUCCAGUUUCUCACAGAAAUUCAUUUGUUCCACCAGUAUCUUUGUGUCUUCAGUGCCUAGAGCCAAAAAAUUCUGUACAUAAGCUGGAUAAACAGUAUGUUCGUGUCACGGGGUGUGCUACAAUUAACAAUCUGAUGACAUUCUUGAAGAAAAAACUUCACAUUCAGGAUUCUCACAGGGUUGCACUAUACUGUCCAUGUAGAUCGGGUUUUGUUUGUCUAAGCAACAGCCACACUCUUAAAGCAGUUAAAGAUUUAUAUUGCCAUGAUAAGGAUAUUUUAGAGCUAAAUUAUGAUGUCAGUGAACAGUCAUGAAACUUGAAAAGCAACUAGAAUAUUAUUCUUCUUUAUAAAAGUGUACACUAAGCUUGACAUGCAAUGUUGCAGAACUUUGAGUCUGGAUAUACAUUUGAAAUCGUUGGAAAAUAAUCAGCUGAAUAUUUGUUCCAAUUUCUUAUUAUUCAAAAUACUGAUUAUUUUUGACAUAAUUUUGUCUUUUUUGGUUAAAUAAAGUGCUUGACUUCA